AUGGAAGGCACCUCUGGGCAGCACUACCUGCAGGCCGUGAGUGACUUGAAAGCAGUGAAAGCAUCAACGUUGGCAGCCAAGCCUUGGGAUCAGCAGAGGAUGUCCAUGCAUGACCAGCUCGAGGUCACCAAGAAGAAGCUGUCCAGCGCCCAGCAUGAAUGUGACAAGACGUGUGAGGCCAUUGUGGCAUUGGCCAGCGACUUCGAGAAGCAGAUCCAGAUCGUGGCUGACCUCACGUCCGAGGUGCAGCAGCUCGAGACCCAGCACAAGAUGGCGGUCCAGCAGGAGCUCAAGGAGCAUGCGUGCAAGGCCCCCAGUCUGGAGUCACUCAUUCCCAGCCAGUUCCCGCCAGGGCUCGCGCCGUCCGCCGAGGCGCCGACGGCCGUCGCGCAGCUCGCGGCCAAGCUGCGCGUGGAGUGGCAAGCGGCGCAGGUGGACGGCGGGCCGCCCACGCCAGCGGGCCCUGGCGCUGCCGACGGCGCUGCAGACGGCGCCGGCAUCAGCCCCGAGGAGGCCGCAGCCUACGACAAGGAGGAGAAGGCCAUGGAGGUCGAGGAGCUGAACGCCGAGCAGAAGCGCCUCGCAGGCAUCAAGCGCGCUGGCGAGGCCGUCGGCCAGGUGCUGAACCUGCACGGCCAGAACCUCCCGCAGUCCUCGCAGCAGCAGGAGAACACCGAGGCGCUCCAGAAGAGCGCCAAGGCCCUGUGCGUCGCCGCAGCCAGGGGCAAGGGCGGCGAGGGCGAUCCCGCGGACAAAGC